AUGUCAACACUACGAGCAGGACCUAACGUAAAAUUAGCAAAAAUUUUCUACAAAUAUGCAGAUAGAUCCGAAAAGGCUCAAGAAUCGGAAAUUAUAAAGGAAACUCCAAACGUUAUUGAGAGUAGUAAAGAUGUAACGCAAACGGAGGUAGACGUCGAGGCCUACCCUCCCUACAACUUCUCAUGGUUCGUAGAAGCAAAGAUUGCUGGUAUGGGGUGGCCACAAACAGUAGAAAAUUUAAACUUCCUGGUUAAUGCAGGUAUAAAUCACAUUAUAACUCUAUCUCCGGAAAGGAUACCUCCAGUAAUGGAAUGCAGGAAAUUAAAAUGGACGCUUUUAAAGAUUAAGGAAUUUAGCGCGCCAUCUUUGAAGCAAAUAGUGAAGUUUAUUGAAAUCUGUAAGAAAGCAGAGAUGAUGGGAGAAACUGUAGGGGUGCAUUGUCGGCACGGCCGAGGCCGGACCGGCACUAUGCUGGCGUGCUACCUUGUAUACUUCCAGAACAUGGCUCCAGAAAGAGCCGUUCUCACUACUCGAUUGAGAAGACCAGGUUCCUGCGAGACAUACGAACAAGAAAAAGCUGUAUGCUAUUACAAUGAUUGUCUUCGAGGAACAAUUACGAAGCCUGAUUAUCGACUGGUGGAUGAUAAGUUGUAUUUUGACUACACCAUGAAGUAUACCUAUGAUAGAAGCUCUGAUGAUGAAGAUUUAAAUGAUGAUGUGGAUGAAAGUGAACAAAAAACACUUACAGAAAGAGUUGAUGAAGCAAUAUUGAAAGUUAAACCAAAAACAAAUGCAAUGGUUAUAAAUCACAAAAUUUAUUUUUAA